AUGGAUGCUCAGAGCAUCUUUUUGAAAGCCAUUAAGUUGGGCACUGACUGCAUAGUCACGUAUCAAGGUCCUUACAAUUUGAACAGGUCUCUUCCCGGUAUCGUGCUGACGGUGAUACUCAUUCUGACAAAGCUCUAUGACUUCAACUUGGGAAGUGUUACUGAGAGCUCACUGUGGAGGUCAACAGACUAUGGCACUACCUACGAAAAACUAAAUGACAAAGUAGGCCUGAAGACUGUGCUGAGCUACUUUUAUGUAUGUCCCACUAACAAGAGGAAGAUCAUGCUUCUCAGUGAUCCAGACAUUGAGAGCAGCAUUCUCAUCAGCUCUGAUGAAGGAGCUACGUACCAGAAGUACCGUCUGAACUUCUAUAUCCAAAGUCUGCUCUUUCACCCCAAGCAGGAGGAGUGGAUCCUGGCCUACAGUCUGGAUCAAAAGCUGUACAGCUCUACUGACUUUGGAAGAAAAUGGCAGCUCAUGCAUGAGAGAGUCACUCCAAGCAGAUUUUACUGGUCUGUGACGGGUUUGGAUAAAGAACCAGACCUUGUACACAUGGAAGCCCGGACAGCUGAUGGACACACCCACUAUUUGACCUGUCGGAUCCAGGAGUGCUCAGAGACCAAAAGGAGUGGGCCAUUUUCACGCUCCAUUGACAUCAACUCCCUUGUUGUUCAGGAUGAAUAUAUCUUCAUCCAGGUGACAGCUGGUGGAAGAGCAAAUUACUAUGUGUCAUACAGACGGGAGCCUUUUGCACAGAUUAAAUUGCCCAAAUACUCUCUUCCUAAGGACAUGCAUAUUAUAAGCACAGCUGAGAAUCAGGUAUUUGCAGCUGUUCAAGAGUGGAACCAGAAUGAUACAUACAACCUGUAUGUUUCGGACACCCGAGGGGUUUACUUCACUCUGGCUUUGGAAAAUGUGAAAAGCAGUAGAGGACUGGAGGGGAAUGUCAUGAUUGACCUUUAUGAGGUAGCAGGGAUCAAAGGCAUAUUCCUGGCUAACAAAAAGAUAGAUGACCAAGUCAAGACAUUCAUUACGUACAACAAGGGCAGAGAUUGGCGUUUGCUGAAGGCACCAGACACCAAUCUGAGAGGCGAUCCUGUAGUUUGCCAGCUGCCCUUUUGCUCACUGCACUUGCAUCUGCAACUCUCAGAGAAUCCAUAUACUUCAGGAAGCAUUUCCAGUAAGGAAACAGCCCCUGGGCUGAUGGUGGCAGCAGGCAAUAUUGGCUCUGAGCUUUCCUACACUGAUGUUGGCAUGUUCAUCUCUUCUGAUGGUGGGAAUUCCUGGAGGCAGAUCUUCGAGGAGGAGUAUAACGUGUGGUUUCUGGACUGGGGAGGGGCUCUAGUGGCUCUGAAACACACAUCAAUGCCCAUCCGACACUUGUGGGUGAGUUUUGAUGAGGGAAGGUCCUGGAGUAAAUACAGUUUCACAUCAACACCUCUUUUUGUGGAUGGAUCCCUUGUAGAUCCUGGCAUAGAGACUCAGAUAAUGACAAUUUUUGGUCACUUCAGUCUCCGUUCUGAAUGGCAGCUGGUCAAGGUGGACUACAAGCCUAUCUUCAGCCGGAAGUGUAACAAAGAUGACUACCAAACCUGGCAUUUGCACAAUCAGGGGGAACCUUGUGUCAUGGGUGAGAGGAAGAUCUAUAAAAAACGCAAGCCUGGAUCUCAGUGUUCCCUGGGUCGAGACUAUUCCCAAACUGUGGUGUCUGAACCAUGUAUCUGUGGUCAAGGGGACUUUGAAUGUGACUACGGCUAUGAGAGGCACAACAACAACCAGUGUAUCCCAGCCUUCUGGUUCAGUCCGUCCUCCCUGUCCAAGGACUGCAGCAUUGGUCAAAGCUAUCUGAACAGCACUGGGUACCGAAGGAUUGUGUCCAAUAACUGCACAGAUGGCUUGCGGGAGAAGUAUAAGGCCAAGAUGGAGAAGUGCCCUGGAAAAGCACCUCGAGGACUGCACAUCCUCACCAGCGAUGGAAAGUUGGUCACAGAGCAGGGGCACAAUGCCACCUUCAUCAUCCUUAUGGAAGAGGGUGAUCUCCAGAGGACAAAUAUUCAACUUGAUUUUGGGGAUGGCAUCGCAGUAUCCUAUGCAAAUUUCAGCCCUGUUGAAGAUGGCAUCCGGCAUGUAUAUAAGAGUGCUGGAAUCUUCCAGGUGACAGCAUAUGCAGAAAACAGCUUGGGCUCUGACACUGCUGUCCUCUUUUUGCAUGUGAUCUGUCCAGUGGAGCACGUCCAUCUGAGUGUCCCUUUUGUUGCUAUCAGGAAUAAGGAUGUCAACAUUACUGCAGUAGUUUGGCCCAGUCAAGCAGGCACACUUACCUACUUCUGGUGGUUUGGUAACAGCACCAAGCCCCUCAUCACCCUGGAGAGCAGCAUCUCCUACAUCUUCAGUGAGGAGGGGAUGAACACUGUCACUGUGCAGGUUGCUGCAGGCAACACCCUCAUCCAAGACACCAAGGAGAUCGCAGUACAUGAGUAUUUCCAAUCUCAACUCCUCUCAUUUUCUCCUAACUUGGACUACCACAAUCCUGACAUCCCUGAGUGGAGACAAGAUAUUGGCAAAGUCAUCAGGAGAGCUUUAGCACAGUUUUUAAUAUCCCUGAGGACUUUAGAAAUUCCUGAUGAUAGUAGCAUCACUAUUAUUCUUAUUUUGCCAAAAUCAAUGUUACAAGUUGCACUGGUUUUGCCCCAAACAUUUGGAUAG